CUAUAGCCACUAGGGGGCGGUAAUUUGCGUAGCAGAUCUUAGCACACGAAGUAAUGUAGUUAAAUGUAAACAGGAAGUGGAGACACGGCGUUCGUUCUUGGCCUGUGAGUCUUUUGAGAUUGAGACUACAUUUUUGUUCAUUUUAAUCGGAUAAUUACAUAUCUACAGAAUUCUUGUUAUAGUAGCUUUUAUAUUUGUUUUACGUAAAAGAUGUCCGGCGGAUCAUCGUGCCCAGGUGAAAUGUCCAAUUCGCAGUUAUUCCAGCAGGUCAGCAUUUUCGAUUGAUAAAGCCUGGAUUUAUUUACUUGCUAACAAAUUAAUAGAUAUAAUGUCAUGCAGAUAGAUUGGUUAGUCAGAGCCAUAUAUUUAGAUGUAUCUUAAUACAUGGCUCUGGUUAGGGUCAUAGGCAUAUACAUUAUUGGUUAGAGCCUGUUUGAUCUGUUCAAUGUGGACAUUCGAAUUAAUGAUAUCCCCGGCAGCACUACAUUGGCAAAACCGGGCAGGGUACUUCAAAUACCAUUUUGUCUUAUGCCAUUAUAUCCCAAAAUACAAGGUUGUUUUACUCUGUUGUUUAUAAAGAAUGUCAGUUCUUGCAUCCAUAGGUCCGUCUUUGAAUUUGAGAGUGGUUAUUUCUCCAGCCCCAUAGCUCAGCUAUAGAAAACUAAGUGGCACUGCAGGGCAGGGCUGUCGUUUGGCUGAUAAAUGAAUGAAGAGUGGUGCCUGUAAGAUCAUAGAUGUGGUUGUUGUAACAUGUACUUAGUUGCUAACUUGCCCUCUCUUUUUUCAGUUAGCCCUUUUGGGCUGGCUCCAUUCAGACAGCGAAAAAGACAAGGAGAUCCUAAAGGCCUUCACAGGCAUUCAGGUGGCACAAGAGCUCAUGAACCGUCUCACAGGACAAAGAGAAGUGGACGCUUUUAAGGUGAAUUGAUGAAACAGAAUGGAAAGACAAUUCUUAUCGUCUAUAGGAGCAGUCUACAUACUAAACAAUCUUGGCAGAAGUUGACACGCGUUUUAUAAUUUUAAAAUUACAACCUGUCAAAUAUACUGUAGUCAGGCCUGGCUCGAGGAUGACUUGCCUGAGCGGGCAUUUUAAGUCCAUGGUCCUACAUAUCAAAAACCUUUGUUUUAAAUAAUAAUACAAGAAAGAUAUGCGCCCCACUACGACAUACAAGAGUAUCCGAAAUGCAGCCAUAGCUGUCGUAGGCCUACACAUAAUUUGCACAUACCAACACACACAGAUCAGCUUGACAGAAUGAGCACCACUAGGCUAUCAAAGAUUCUUACAUGCUUCAUAGCUUAAACUUCAAUAAUUAGAACUAUAGGCUACAUUGCUGUCGAAUUUGUGACACUACGCAAUAAGCAUAACCAAGCCGCUACUUCUCCAGGUGCGCAAUAUUUUCUGUGUGGGAGAGUUUCUCUCUCUCACACACACACACACACACACACACACACACACGCUAUAGCAAGAGAGCAGGGAGGGGGGUGAACAAGUAGGCUAUGUGUUGUUUUCAUAGUAUUGACGCCACUUUUACAGUAGCCUAUCACACAAUGACUGUGUAAUGCCUACUUCUUUUAGUAGGCUACACGCGGUAUUGGUCCUAUUUCUGCGACAUACAAAAUGUACAAAAAAUGUAGGCCUAUCUGAAAUGCAGCCAUAUACACAACAAAUGUCAUUUUGCACACAAGAAAGCACGUGAUGUUGAAGAGCCCGAUGAAAGGAUAAAGUUAGAUGCGCUGCCAAUUUCAGCACCAUCGGAGUGGACAGCCAGGACAACAGGAGCACUGUGCCAGGGCUCACCUCAUAGCACAACCAAUUAGGAUACAUUGGUCAUUGUCCUUAUACCCAUCAAAUAACGCAAAGCUGUAUAUUUAUCAAUAGCAAUUAGACCCGUAAAAGCAAUCGAUGACAUUAAGAAUCACAGAUACAUCUAAAAGAUGCAUUGAAGUAAAAAGCAAAGGCCUAAACUAUACAUUACAUACAAAGAAUUGCCAAACAACCAGUAGGCUUACAUGAGGGAAAACCAAUGAAUAAAUAAUUCUGGCACGGUAGCCAGGGCCAUAGAGGUUGCAGCUUAACAUUUAGAAGAGUUGCAGCCUCCUCGAUGCUGUGUUGAACCUCAUGAGAAGUUUCUAUUUUCAUUCUCCUUCCAGGCUAAAUUUACUUGUCAGGUGUUUUGGGUAUUUUAUUAGGAUCACAUUUAGCUGUUGCAAAAGCAGCAGCUACUCUUCCUGGGGUCCACACAAAAAAUUAAACAUGACAUAAUACAGAACAUUAAUAGACAAGAACAGCUCAAAGACAGAACCACAUCAAUACAUAUCAAUACAUACACACAAACUAUCUAGGUCAAAUAGGGAAGAGGCGUUGUGCCGUGAGGUGUUGCUUUAUCUGUUUUUAGAAACCAGGUUUGCUGUUCAUUUGAGCUAUAUGAGGUCCCUCUCAAAUGCCAGCUGGAUAAGUUGGACUUUUCGUUGAUGUAACAUGCUCUGUGUUCAGAGUCUGUGUUCAAUGAAUAUGUUCUUCAGGGUGGUGAACGAAUUUUCACACAUUGCUGUAGAUGCCCCAAAAAUGUUAAUCAUGUUUCAGUGCCACCAGCACAGUCGGCAUUGCUGACAAAGGCCCGCUGUAUCUUUGAAGAACACUGAGUGGGGUCCAUUUGUUGUUGCUGGCUGUGGUUGUGAAUUCACUUUGCAAGAAUGUGCGAGCCACAAACUCUGAUUCCAUUGGUUCAGUUUGGGCUAGAUUCAACAGGUCGUCAGGUUCCAGUGGCUGGGGUAAUAGAGGUGCAGGUGCUUGUUGUGAUGUUACCCUCGUGCUGCUGGUGCUAGGGCCUGGCUCUGCUUGAUCUUGUUGGUCAGCAGGCAGUGUGGGGGAUGGGCGGCUAUUGCAUUUGCUGCUAGGCUCCUCAACCUUGGUGGUCGGGCCUGCAGGCUGGUCGGUGAGCUUGGCAUCACUCUCGACAUUGUGGUCCUCAGUUUUUUUGCUCUUGGCAGUGCCCAGCCAUUUUUGGAUAUCCAUGCUGAUCAAAGCUUAGCCAACUAGCUAUAAUUAUUCAGCGCGCCGUUACCAAAACUGAAUGAAGCUGCUAUCUAGGCUAUUAUUAGCUGUAGCUGCCUCUCUGUAAUAAUAUAUUUUUUUAAUGGCACUGGGAUCCAAUGAGCUUCCUAAACAAGGCAAUAAAGGCGGUACCUUGUGACAUUGCAUGGCUAGGUGCCCAAUCAGAAUGCAUUUUGGGAUUUUAAAUGCUAAAUAUGACAUUAUUACAUCCCCCCUCCCUCACCCCUCCUCAGACCAUGAGCGUACACCCGGCAUAUAGCCUCUGUCCCGGUCUGUGCAACUGGCAGGCCUGGCAGCACUACAUUGGCAAAACCGGGCAGGGUACUUCAUAUACCAUUUGUUAUGUUUAUGGGGAAACAAAACUGGGGGGGCACAAAUUCUAUCUGGGGGAUCCAUGCCUGGCUUUACCAACCCAUAGAGCCGGCCCUGACUGUAGUGUUCAUGUGGUUCAUGUUUAUGUGUCUGGGUAGACACUUGCUAACCUGCUUGCUUUACCUCUGUCCCCACAGAAAGAAUGUAUCCAGAGCAUUGCAGACUUUGUGCAGAAGAAUCCACGUGCCUCACAGGAGGAAAUCAAUGCAGCGGUUGAGAAGCAGGUUUUGCUUUUUGCUGCUCGAGUACAGGCACUUGAUUCUGCACCCCUACUAUGAGUCCAACACAGCUUACACACAGCUUCUUUGUUGUAGCUCACUAUCUCUGACUGACCACUGUAUCUGAAUAGAAAAGCUUCUAAAAUCAAGAAAUGAUUACACCAAUCAAGGUAUGCCUGCACACAUGGGUUCUAUCUGCACUCUCUCUCUCCCCCUAUUGCUGUAUUGCAAACAACCAUAUUGCAAGAUUGUGCUACAGUACAAAGAAUACUGGAUAAAAAGCUUUAUGUCAUGGACCAGGAGAUGACCAGACCAAUGUACAUUUAGCGAACGUUCCAAUAAUUCCACCAGUCAAUCUAAUUCAAAUAAUCUGUUUAGAUUGUUAUCAAACCUAAAUUAAUCUAAACCAUGUUUUUGAUAUAGUUUUCAUAACGUAGUUUUAGCCUUAUCUAAGGCAGAUUUAAUUGUUGUCAAUCUGUUGUAUGUUGUCUUCAUAUAUUGUCUAAUAUGAUACAUAUUGCCUUAUUUUAAUUAUUGUAAUGAAUUUAUAUUAAAAGGGAGACUGUUGUGAUGCUUUUUUUGGCAAAUUAUUGAACACAGGAUAAAGAACAGGAAUGAGUUGUAUGAUUUAGGGACAUUGCCAUGUUUCAUUCUGUGCAUAACAGCAUGAAAAGUGUCAGUGUGGUAAGUGAUACAAGAACAUUUUAAGACGGAUAAAUAAUGGAUGCAAAUAGAACUUAUGAACACAAGACUACAGCAUUAAACUUGUACUAGCAGAUAUGCUCUUAAAAUAGGCUUUCCUAGACACAUUGAUAUACGAUCUGAAAUCACUAAAAGAAGAGUCAGCUGAAGGAUAUUUUGUACAGUGCCUUCAGAAAGUAUUCAUACCCCUUGACUUAUUCCACAUUUUGUUGUGUUACAGCCUGAAUUCAAUAUGGAUUAAAAAUAAUAAUUCUCACCCAUCUACACACAUUACC